AUGAAAACCUUGUUUGGUUGGUGUUAGAGAGCCCAGACUUGAAAAAGCGAAGAACAGACAACACUGACUAGUCCCAGAGCGACGGCUAAGCCUCUUUGUUCUCUGUCCCAAGCUUCGAGCAGAAGAAGAAUCAAAUAUCACUACUUUGAUUUUGAGCUCUAUUGCCUUUGCCAUCAACCGGCAGCCAUGUACAGAAACGCUGCUUCACGUCUUAGGGCCAUCAAGGCCCGUUCGUGCAGCAGCAGCAGCAGGGUACCUGCCAGUGCCAGAUUUGCAAGUUCCGUUGCCACGCAACAAUCCUCUUCUUCUGGUUUGGGUGGUUUAUUUGGAUGGCUCACUGGAGACCGAACCAGUUCUUUACCAUCUCUGGGUUUUCCACUUCCAGGCGUUACACUUCCCCCUCCAUUGCCUGAUUAUGUUGCGCCGGGUAAAACUAUUAUUACUACACUCCCAAAUGGACUCAAAGUGGCCUCUGAAACAUCACCGAGUCCCACUGCGUCAAUAGGUUUAUAUGUAGAUUGUGGUUCAAUAUAUGAGAGUCCGAUAAGUUUUGGGGCUACGCAUCUGCUUGAACGAAUGGCUUUCAAGACCACUAGAAACCGGAGUCACUUUCGGGUAGUUCGUGAGGUAGAGGCAAUUGGUGGCAAUGUGCAGGCCUCAGCUUCUAGAGAGCAGAUGGGUUACACUUUUGAUGCUUUGAAGACCUAUGUUCCUGAAAUGGUGGAACUGCUUGUUGAUUGUGUCAGGAAUCCUGUUUUCCUUGAUUGGGAGGUUAACGAGCAGCUUCUGAAAGUGAAGGCUGAGAUUGGUGAAGCUUCCAAAAAUCCUCAAGAUUUACUUUUGGAAGCAAUUCAUUCUGCUGGUUUUUCUGGUGCCUUGGCAAAUCCUCUUUUAGCUUCAGAAUCAGCAGUAAAUAGACUAAAUAGUACAAUUCUGGAGGAGUUUGUUGCUGAGAACUAUACGGCACCUCGGAUAGUACUUGCAGCAUCUGGUGUUGAACAUGAGGAAUUGUUAUCUAUUGCAGAACCUCUUUUGUCUGAUCUACCCAGUGUCCCGCGUCCAGAGGAGCCAAAAUCAGUGUAUACUGGUGGUGAUUAUAGAUGUCAAAAGGAAUCAGGGAGGACCCAUUUUGCUCUAGCAUUUGAACUUCCUGGUGGCUGGCAUAAGUUGAAGGAUGCUAUGGUUUUGACUGUUCUUCAGAUGCUAUUGGGAGGCGGUGGAUCAUUCUCAGCUGGUGGACCUGGUAAAGGGAUGUAUUCACGGCUAUAUCAAAAUGUUCUGAAUGAAUAUCCACAAGUUCAUGAAAUUUCAGCAUUCAACAAUAUUUACAAUGACACUGGCAUUUUUGGUAUCCAAGUUACAACAGGCUCAGAUUUUGUAUCAAAAGCCAUUGAUAUAGCUGCUAAUGAGAUUCUUGCUGUUGCUACUCCUGGACAAGUUGACCAGGUACAGCUGGAUCGAGCCAAACAGGCUACCAAAUCUGCAAUUUUGAUGAAUUUGGAAUCAAGAAUGGUUGUUUCAGAAGAUAUAGGAAGACAAAUUUUGACAUAUGGUGAGAGGAAACCUGUGGAGGAUUUCUUGAAGGCAGUGGAUGAAGUAACCUCGAAGGAUAUCACUUCAAUUUCGCGAAAGCUCAUUUGUUCUCCUCUCACAAUGGCAUCAUAUGGAGAUGUUCUCUAUGUUCCAAGCUAUGAAUCAGUGAGUCUCAAAUUCCGUGCCUAAUGAGAUUGCUUUCAUCCACCCAUCAUAUUGAGUCUUCUUUAUAUACAAUCAAGUCUUGUACGGAUGAAAGGUGUAAAAUUAAGUUAAACUUCCUAACUAUCCUUGUUGUAGUCAAUAAAUUAGUGAUUUUCACAUCUCAUUAUUUCUGGGUACAUAAACAUUGAUCUGAGAGUUCUCACAUGACUAUUUUUUGGACUGAACUUAAAACUACUGGAUUAUUUUUUGGAUUGAAUCUCUUUGGGAAACCAAAUCAUAAUCGAAUAUCGUUGUUAUCCA